AUGGAAGGUGGCGAAUGGUGGUUUCCGAACGGAUUUUCAUUAACCAAUACGACAUCAACAGAUUUUUAUAAGAAUUCAUCAUCAUCAUCAGAUUCCGAAGAAUUAUUUCGAUCUUUAUUAUUUCCGGAAAAUUCCGGUGGAUUUUCACACGAAACUUCCAUCGAAGAUUCUUCGCUAUCUCUUUUCGACACGACGGAUUGGGGAAAUUCGACGUUACGGUGGUUUCAAGAUCUUUCCUGUCAUUUUUUUCAAACGUUCGACACGUUCGGACUUUACACACCGAACAUGGAUCUAUACAACGACACGUGCGAUUCUAGACCGCAAUUUACAAAAGCCUCCAUACUCUCGUGCGACAGACCGGCGAAAAUCCACGAAAAAUUCGAUUAUUUCCGUUGCGUAGCCGAGAAAAUUCGUUACAAAAGUUUCAAAUCACGUUUCAAAACGUACAAAUGUUCGAAAUGCAACGCCGCGUGCGACACGCCACAAUUCAAAAUGGCCGUAAACGUUUUGGCGGGUACGGGUAUGACUUUGUUCGAUGAUAAAACGAAAUUAUUUAAAAACGGAAACGGUUCGUCUUUUUGGGCCAGGUUCCCGAGAAUAAUGUCUUCUGCUCUUUGUCAAAGUUCAAUAACGGAUGUUUUACAAUUGGUUAUGAAUUGCAAAACAAUCAAAGAACCGGAAAGCGAUCAAUUGCUUACGUCACUACAAUCAAAUUAUAGUUAUUACGAAGAUAUCGAAUCGUGGAAUAACGUUUUUAAAUGUUCGAUACAAAAUGUUUUUUUCGGUUCGGAUCCCGGAGGUGGAAUGGGCGGAAUCGGCGGAACCGGAAGUGGAAGCGGAAAUUUCGAAUCGACUAUUGAAAAUUUAUAUAAUUAUGAGUGGUCGUUUGUGUUCGUGUUAGUUUUUAUCAUUGCCGGAGGACUCGGUAACAUAUUAGUUUGUUUAGCCGUGUGUUUAGACACGAGACUUCAAAAUGUCACCAAUUAUUUUUUAUUGUCAUUGGCCAUUGCGGAUCUUUUGGUUAGUUUGUUUGUUAUGCCCCUAGGUGCGAUACCUGGAUUUUUAGGUUGGAGAAAAAAAAAGCAUACAAAAGGUUUAUCCUUCAAAUGA